AUGAUCGCCUCCACGACGACGGUCAUGCUCCGCUCAGGCGUCACCCGCGGCGGAUGCGCCCUGCAGCUCCUCCGCAGCACGACCAGCUGCCCCUACUCGACCAUCACAGCCGCCUCGCCCUUCGCCAGCGUGCGCUCCAAGCUCUCCGACUCACCUUCCACAUCGAGCCCGGCCGGCGCCAGGCCAACACCCGCCUCUUCCUCGCCCGUCCUCACACUCUGCCGCCAGGCAAGCACACCAUCGACAGCAGCAGCGGGGCGGCGGCACGCCUCCUCCUCGACGCCAGACCAAGAAGCCGACGUAGCAGCCGCGACGCGCGCGGCGCAGCGGGCCGAGGAGUACGCGCGGUCGAACCCGGACAUGCCCCCGCUGGACUGGAACUCGUUCUUCCAGCUGCGCAAGACGCGGCGCCGGUGGCAGGUCGGCUUCAGCGCGCUCAUGUCGGUCGGGUUCGGCGCGGCGGGCGCCGUGGUGCUCGGCUCCGGGGCCGCCGACGCCCUGACGGGCCAGAUCCCGCUCGACCCCAUCCUGACGCUCGGCCUCAUCACGCUGGGGUGCACCGCCAUGGGGUGGGUCGUGGGGCCCAGCGUGGGGAACGCGGUGUUUUACCUCAUCAAGCGCAAGUACAAGGCGCCUAUGACUGUGAAGGAGAGCCAGUUCUUCGCCCGGAUCAAGAAGAACCGCGUUGACCCGUCCAACUCCUCGACCGGUAACCCGGUGCCUGACUUCUACGGCGAGAAGAUCUCCAGUGUCGCCGGCUACAGGCAAUGGCUGAAGGACCAAAGGGCAUAUAACAAGAAGAGGACGACUUUCAUUUGA